AAAUGUCAAGUUGUCAUAGUGUCGAACAAAAAGAAGAUACAACAACCUCAAUAACAAAAAUAAAUUAAAAUAAAAUGUCACACUGCAUAGUAAUAGAUCGUCGCAAUGCCAUUAUGCUGAUAUGGAUAUUUGUCCUGAGUGGCAUACGACAAAGUUACACAGAAGAAAAAGCAAGUGGUGUUGCACCCAGUAAUAACGAGGUAGCUCCCUAUGUAAUCCGCAAUUUCAACGAAACCUCACAGCAAUUGUCGCAAUGCCAAAAUACAGCCAACUUGAAUUGCAGUGAACUCCUAUUUCCGUGUAUAAGGUGUUUGUACAACUAUACCUGCAAUUAUGGUCAGGAGUUGUAUGUUAACUGCUCAGCCCUGCAUCAGGUGGAGUGCCAGGGUAGUCGCUGGUUUUGGCAUCAAAUGAAUUGUCGCUAUUGCUAUCAAACAGAGAAGUGGCAACAAAAAUGCGACCAGAAAGGCAACUGCAAUUCUGUAAACGGCCAAUUUUAUAAAACAAAUUGUACAGUGCGAUCCGAUGUUUUCUGCCUAGGUAACCGGUCGUUUACAAGAAAUAUAAAAUGCAAUUGGACACAGGGCUACCGAUGGAGUACGGCGGUAAUAAUAAGCCUGACAUUGGGGGGCUUUGGAGCAGAUCGAUUUUAUUUGGGCCAUUGGCAGGAAGGCAUUGGUAAACUGUUCAGUUUUGGAGGUCUAGGCGUAUGGACGAUAAUAGAUGUGGUGUUAAUAUCACUUCACUAUCUGGGACCGGCAGAUGGGUCAUUAUAUAUAUAACUCGUGAUAGUAAAUAAUACAUCGGUUAGUUUCUAAGAUAAUAUACAUAUGUAUCGUUAAUGUUAAAAUAGAAAAACAUUUACUGAUUGACUUUUUUAAAACCA